AUGAAGUUCUUCAAGGUCGUGCUGCUCGGCGUUUUCGCAACUUCCGUCUACUUGCAAGGGUGUGGCGAAGAUAAAGUCUAUACCUCCGUGGAUGAAGCUCUCGCAGCUAUUUGCUCCUCGACGGUCUGCACGGAGUAUUGCAAUACGUGCGUGACAUGCACCAUGACCGGCAACCGUUCUGCCACUCAUUCUCAUAUGGAGACAUGUGGAAUGAACCCGAGGGGAGGUGAAACUUGCAAGGAAGUCUUGCCGUGUGGGGGGAGCGAAAACCAGACGGCAACAAGUGCAAAGAGCUUGGUGCAGAAAAAUCGCCUGCGAAGUCAUGAGUCCUCCAGCCUGUCCUUGGACAAGUGA